GGCCGUGGUGCACAUCAACCGUCUCCAGACGCUCACCGAGUGCGUGUUCGCCAAGUCACUGCGCACCUGCACCUGCUUCGCCGGCAGGCUGCAGGCGCAUCUCGACGCAGACGAAGUGAGUUACGUGUUCGGCGCUGUGCCGAACUGUGAGGUCAUCCACGGAGCGCUCUUCUCCUGCCUGCGAGCCCUGUUCGGCCUCUCAGUGAUCGGCGCCCUCGUCUGCAUCUUCUCCUGCAUGCUCGUCUACCAGCUGCUGAGCCACGAGCGGAAGAAGAUGUAUUGGGAGCAGCUGGAGAUGCGUCAGCGCUGCUUCUUCCAGGCCCAUCCGCCGUUCCCGCCAUCGUUCUGCGCCAGCGAGCCCUGGCAGCAGUGGGACUUCGUCGAUGACCUAGCGUACUGGCCCCAGCGGACAUUGGACCAGUACACGCCUAGUCCGGAGGAGUCCACCACGAGUCGCUCGGCCCUCAUAGGGGGCAGCACCGCACCGGCUCACCAGUCUCACUGGCGCUGGCUACCGUGGCGGCAGCAGAACCGGAGCAGCCGGCGGUCGGACGCGGCGCCCCCGCGCAGUGCCACCACACCGCCUGGGUCUGAGCAGCGGGCAGGGCCGGCCGGCACCCUACGGCACGCGGGUUCGCUCCAACGACGGGCGUGUUCCACCACCUGA